AUGCUCCUCCUGCGAAGCUGCGUCCUCACCCAUCUCCUCUCUUCUCACCCCGCCGCCUCUCCUCUCCACCGACUGCUCUCAGCGGCUGCCUCCCCAAGCUCUGCGUUCGCCGUCGAGCAGUACCUCGUCGACACCUGCGGCCUUACCCGAGCGCAAGCCCUCAAGGCCUCCACAAAGCUCUCCCACCUCAAGUCCCCCACUAAUCCCGACGCUGUCCGUGCGUGCCUCGCCGGCCUCGGCCUCUCCAGCGCUGACAUCGCCGCCCUCGUCGACAAGGAUCCCGAGUUCCUCUGCGCCGGCGUGGAAAGAAACCUGGCACCCACCGUUGUCGACCUCACCGGCCUCGGUCUGUCCCAUUCCCAGAUUGCCCGCCUCGUCUCGCUCGCCCCCGCCAAAAUCCGCCGCAGAUCCGUCGUUUCCAGGACGCACUACUACCUGUCCUUGUUCGGCUCCUCCCAGAGCUUCCUCCACGCGAUCAAGCGCUGCCCUCCACUCCUCUCGGCUGACCUCGAGAAUGCAGUGAAGCCCAAUGUCGCGUUCCUGCAGGGGUGCGGGCUAGGAGCUUGCGAUAUUUCCAACACGUGUCUCGCUAGGCCGAGCAUGCUCCUCACCAACCCGGAGCGUCUCAAGGCGAUGGUGGCCAAUGCGGAAAGUCUAGGUGUGCCACGUGGCUCUGGAAUGUUCAGGCUCCUGCUGCGUGGUGGCGGGCUUCUGAGCGAGGAGAAUUUUGCAGGCAGAAUGGAGAAUUUGAAGAACACCUUCAGGUGGUCCGAUGCUGAGCUCAUCACCGCCGUGUCCAAGAAUCCGAUGGUGCUCAAGAGGUCUAAGGAGACGCUGGAGAGCAGCUCAAAGUUGCUCAUCGAUGAGAUCGGGUUGGAACCGGCAUACGUUGCUCGUCGGCCGUCAAUGCUCAAUUACAGCCUGGAGGGCCGGAUCAGACCCCGGUACCACGUUUUGAAGUUUCUUAAGGGAACCGGAUUGCUAGAUCGUGACCGGGACUACUAUUCUGCAUUCAAGGUGACCGAGAAGGUAUUCGUGGACAAGUACAUAUGCCCUCACAGUGAAGUUGCGCCGCACCUUGUUGAAGACUAUGCCGCCGCUUGCAGAGGGGAAGUGCCAACUAAUUUUAGAUUUGCUUGAACCAAAGACAGGCUAUGAGAAUUGGUAACUGUGUGUUGGUUGUCUGCUGUUACAUGCCUGUUUGAUGCUGGUUUGGUCAUUGCUAGCGUGGGAUGAAACUGAUAAUUUUAUUCCUAAAUACUGACAUGUUAACGGCAUUAUUCAGUAGAGAAUAAACCAUGGCUUGGGUGUGAACUUGUUUGUCCUACUGCAGGUUUUAAGCACACACAUUGGAUCUAAGAAAUUGUGAGACCAGACCAUUCUCCAACACAUUAAAUUUUCUACCUUCAGUUUAGUGCAUUCAGACAAUAAGCCAAGUGUCUAUGGCAAGAAUAAGCGUUGGCGUACAGACAAAUCUUUCAGUUUCUGGUCGAGUACUUGAAGGACUCAGAUGGAUCAGUUGUUGGUGAUCGGCAAGCUGAUUGGUCCGUACCUCUGCCACCACUUCUAGUUCCCAUUUCCACCAGUCAGUUUCUCCCUUUCUUUGACCAUAUUUGGUAGUACUAUUAUGAUAUAUCUUUUUCUACACCAUGGCGAAGAAUUAGGAAAUAAGUGUUGUAUGGCUGUAGCUACUGAUUACCUUUUAGUCUGAUUAUAGUUUUCUAUAAUUUAGGCAAUGUUCAUCAGUGCUUGAGAUGCUAUAAUUGAAGGCAUGCCAGUUGGUUUGACAAGAGUUUUAGAAAACUUUGUAUACAAUUACAUAAAACAGAAGUAGGAAAUAAUACACCCAUAUCCAAAUGAAUCUAUCUUCUACCGUAAAGAGUAAAUGAAUAUAUAUUCUACUAUAAACAGUAUGCAAACUUGCGUACAUGUCUGAUAUGCAAAGUUUCUUGAUACAAUCGUUAGAAUCACUCAGAAUAUGGUGAAAAUGGUGAGCAUGGCAUUGGGGUUAUAAAAGAAACUCUUGCGGAGGUCUGGUGGUAUCUUUCUGUCAUUUCCCAUCUGAAACAUUUAUCUGCUAAACCAAAAGAGUCAAAACUGAUGUGUUGCUAAUCGGAAGAGCGAAGAAAAUGUAGAAAGCUAAGAGACCAUGCUAAUUCUAUCUAAUGGACAAACAUCAAAUGAAUCAUCUGUGAUAGUGGAACAUCAGUCACAUACAUCAAAUGGCAAUUGAUUGUAGUUAACCGCUCGAUUAGAUGUUAUCAUAGCUGGUUCAGAAACCUUAUGUGAUUCUUGUUGAUCCUCUUUCUCAAAGCUGUUUACUCCUGCUCAUGGUGACAUCUUCUUCUCCGGUGAUGCGUCUCUCGUUGCCUCCUCCAGUCAUGCUCUAAUACAAAAUCUUUGGCCAGGCUCGAUUACACAACACAAUCUCAUGGGCAUUUUUGGCACUCACACAAACAUGGAAGAACACACCAAUACACAAAGGGCGAUGUUUUGGGACGCAUUAACCAUGCGUAUUUUCUGUUUUUUUUGUUAUUUUAUUCAACCUCAAAAUAUUUGCGGACUACAAGGCGAUGACCCGCUUCAUCAAAAGAAAGGUAAGCAUAACUCGUCAUCAACGUGAACAAGCACGCUUCUGGCCACAUACAGACGCGUGCACAUGCACGUUCCUUAUUUGCAAUUUGAAAAUAAACAGUAGAGAAACACAUACGACAGAAAUUUUACCAUAAACAUUGAUCAGAUGGAGAUGCUGUUGGGGAUGCCCUUGGCCGUGAUCCCGGUGGCGCUCUCGCCAUCAAUGUCAGAGGUGUUGGGAUAGAGCAGCAUGUAGGGGAACUGUGCUGGCCCAUUCCUGUUCUUGAGAUUCUCAUCCUUGUUCCUACUUAUGAUACUCUUUUCAAUGUCGAUCAGGCUUUUGCUGAACUUGUCGAACACCUUCUUUGCCCUGUCAUCUGAUGUCCACUGUGGUUCAUCGCGCUGCCCAAGGUACACCUCGUCGGAGGAGUGGUUGGACAGAACCUCAAUCACAGACACUCCAAUGAUGCUCUGAAGCUGGCUCGUGAUGGUGUGGAUGAAGGCCAUGUCCGGAUUAGUCUCCACCUCCUGGUACUCCUUGGUUCCCGGCUCCGGCAUUGGCCGCCGGCUCACUGUUGGGCGGUUAGGGAGGUAGCCAGCGUAGGAGUACUGGCCAAAGUUGACGGCCGCGUGCAGCGCGGAGGCGAUCCAGAUGAUGGUGGCACAGGACCUGACAAGCUCCUGCACUGUUGUCAUUUUGGGCCACCAGGGCUGGUCCUUGAUGUCGCCAUGGCCGACCUCACGCACCUCCUUCCACCAGGCCUGCAGCUCGGCAUCGUCUUG